AUGGUAGCGCAAGGCUCACGAGCCAAGCCCACCAGGCGCUUGAAACGUGGCACCGAAACUACCAAAACACACCGAUUCGAGGGCUUUUCGCAGCGUAUCGCAAAGCUCAAAAUCGAUCCGAUCCACCGAGUGCGCCGGGCGAGCUUUGGUGAAGAUGAAGGCGAAGCGACUUCUUAUUUCCGGUCGGCCCUCGACCACUGGGUUGAUAUGAACCUGUCAGACAAUUUUACGCAAUUUACCCGUCGAGUCGAUGCCCUUUCCGAGAGUCUCGCCCAGAUUGUAUACCACGAAGAGAAGAUUAUGGGCUUGCUGGUAGAAUUUAUUGAGAAGAGAGACCAGAACUCUCUGGAGCCACUACUGAGCUUGCUCGCCCAGUUUGCCAGAGACCUUGGAGUUCGCUUUGAGAAGCACUUCGCCACCUCCGUUACGUUGGUCGCAUCUGUCGCAGCUACACAUCCCGAUGUUGAGGUCGUCGAAUGGAGCUUUACCUGCCUGGCAUGGAUAUUCAAGUUUCUUUCUCGUUUGUUGGUACCGGACUUACGCGAACUGCUGAAAAUUAUGACUCCUUAUCUCGGCAAGGAGCGACAAAAACCCUUCGUUGCUCGAUUCGCCGCCGAGUCGAUGUCCUUCCUGAUUCGCAAAGCCGGCCUUGUCUACUAUAAAAACAAGACACCACUCGAAAACGCCGUCUCCUUCCUCUACGAAGAUAUCACGCAAACUGCGGAAGAGGGGAAGAGUAUCGACUCAUACAAGGAGGGUCUGAUGGUGAUGUUUGCAGAUGCCAUCAAGGGUGUCAACCACGGUCUCCACUCUAAUGGUGUGGACGUCCUCCGUUGUGUCUUGGACCAAGUUCCUCCAUCGACUCCAAACAAGAGAGUGCCCGCAGAAGUCGCUACUGGAGUCGUGAUCAAUCUCAUUCACCACACCACACCGGACACCUUUGGGCCUAUCAUCGACACUGUUAAGGAAUACAUCAAUCUUCGGUCUCAAGAGAGUGAAAACUCUAAUUUUCCCCAGUGCUGUCGCUUGAUCUUUGUUUGCGUGGCAACCAGGAAAGCCUCCAGAAUCAGAGAUUGGAAGGCGGUUCACCAAACGCUUGUAUCGCUCCUCAAACAGGCCGCGGCAAGCCCUGAUGAUCAUUCGGAGUCGAUUCCCCAGCUCCUUGGAGCUGUUGCAUAUGCUCUUCAGCUGUCGCCAAUGGAUGAGAUGCUCCCAUUCAUGCGCUCCUUCAUGGAUCUGGUAUCAAUUGGGCCUCUUGCGAAGUACUUCCUGUUCUUCUGUACUACAUUUUCAGAAUGGGGCUCUGAGCGUUUCCAAAGUCUACUGGUGCCUUACUUCCAGAAGUUCAUCAAUUCUUCGUGGAAGGAGCAUGAAUUUGAGUUGUGUCUUGCUCUUCUCAAGCUGCACGAGACCGGUUGCAUCACACCCGAGGUCUCAAGGCCAGGAUAUGUGUCCUGCCCUGAUGGGUUGAAGACCCGUAUCUACGACUCUUUGGUCUAUCCGGCCAAGGACCAGAGCACCUUGAAUGCUCUGGUAAAACUUCCAAAGGCGAUUUCUCUAUUUGCGGACUCUGCUACGUUAUCUAAGAUUGUCAAGAAAUUGCACAAGAACAUCCUGUCUGCGAUGAAGGACGCUGCCUCUGAGACUGACAGCGAGAAACUUGAAGGUAUUGCAUUCUAUCUUGGACAGGGGUUCAAGGCCUAUGUCGAGCUGGCAAAAGAGGCUGGGGAGCUUGACUCGGGUCUCUGGCAGCUUAUACUCGCUGCCUCCACCAAGUUCUCGCGCCUACCCCUGUUCCUUGAAGGAGUUCUCGCUUUUAUGUGUGUUGUGCAGAGGCAAGAGUCAGAACCUGAAACCUCUUCGGUGGAUGAGCUUGCGUCCAACUUGAUUGUCAAUUUGGCCGGCCCAUCUCAUCGACUGAGGUUCGUCUCUCUUCAAAUUUUGCAGCAACUCGUCGUUCAAUAUGCCAAAGAAGACCACUCACCUGUCGCGCUGGCUAUUGAGGUCGAAGAAAGCCCCCUGACUUUGCAGAGCGCAAGAACAGUCCAGAUGCAUGUCCGCAAAUUGGCGCUUCUCUACCCACAGAUUGCGCCUCGCAAGUGGAUGGCCACUCUUAUUCCAUACUUCUGCUUUGGCCUGUUCUCUAAGAAGCUUGCGCCCCUAUGGGAUGACUCUGCUGCUGCCUUGAAGACCAUCAGUGAACACCCGGAAGGAGAGAAGAUUGUCUCCGAUUUGUCUAUCCAGUGGUUACAGGAGCGGGACUCUGACGCUGCUGGAGAUGAGGAGCCGGAAGAUGAUAAAGAAAACAACUUCGUGGCGAGUUAUUAUGAGUGUUUUAACGUCAACAACAUCGACCGCACUGUCGGUACCAACUGGGCCGUCGCUCAAGCUCCGUCUAUCACCCUCUCCCAGCAAUUCCAAAAGGAACACAAGAUUGCUGAUCUUAUUCCUGCUCUGCCUCGAAACCAUGCCCUGCAAGUGCUAAACGCCGCCCCCAACGUUGCCGAGAAGCGAUCUCGUCAAAUUGUUCCCUUGUUUCUGUCUUGGGCUCUUCGUGAUGAUCAGGAUGACGCUCCUGGACAAGAUGUCAAGACUGAAGCUGACAACUCAGAGGCGCCAAUCCGAUGGGGUUUCAAGGACCGUUUGUCUAUGCUUGCCUUGUUUGGUCAGUUUGUGAACCCCAAGGUUCUUUACAGGGCACCGGAGGUCCAUGAAGCUGUUAUGGGUCUCCUUUGUCACGGUAACUCGGAGAUUCAAAAGGCCGCUCUCAAAGCUCUCUUUACCUGGAAGAAUUCCCAUGUUACUCCCUACCAAGAGAAUUUGCUUAACAUUUUGGAUGAGUCCAGGUUCAAGGACGAGCUGAUGGUCUUUGUCCGAGCUGGCGGGGAAGACAGCCUGAUCGAGCAGGAGCAUCGUCCAGUCCUGAUGCCAGUGCUUCUUCGAUUGCUCUAUGGUCGCAUGAUUUCCAAAGCGGGUGCCAGCUCUAAUCAAGCAGGCCAAUCUGGCCGCCGCAAGGCUAUUCUGCGUACCCUUUCGCAUCUCUCGGAGGAGGACUUCAAACUCUUUAUUAACAUCUCAUUUGGUCCUCUUGCUGAAGUGGCUAUUGCCAACGACACAGAGAAUGACGAAAAGGCUUUCGUGGAUGAAUUGACAAGCCCAAGGAGACAGCUUGGUCUGCUGAAGAUGAUCGACACCGUUUUCGAUACCCUCCAGAGCCGCAUGACUGCCUAUACCACUCAGGCUAUGAAUGUGAUCGUCUACUGUCUGGUUCGAGCAUGCAGAUCUCUUUACGACGAGAAAAGCGCUCUUUACGUUGAUCGCCAGGACGAGCGCCUUCUAUCUAUGUUCCAGAACAUCCGCCAAUCAGGUAUCCGAUGCUUGAGCCUGGUCUUCUCUAUCUCUCCCGAUCAGGAUUGGACUCCGUAUGUCCGGAUCAUUUUCCGGGAGGUCAUUGACAACAGAUUAGAGCAAUUCCCCAUUGAGACUGCACAGGGUGUUUCUGGGCUGCUUCGGCUGUUCCACACUUGGGCUUCUGCUCCGCGAUCGACCUUUUACCUGGUGAACCACAACAAGGACGUUUUGACCAAGGUCAUCGACGUCCUGGCCGUUGAAUCCGCUCGUGACGAGGUCAAGAUCUUCGCUUUGGAUGAAGUUCUCGUGCCCUUAGUCAAACUGGCUAGCGGCAUCAAACUCAAGGAUGAUGGUGAAGAUGAAGACGAGACAAUGCCGGACUUCCCAGCGGAGCAGAUUCGCUCUGAGGUCCUUUCCCCUUACCUGGAGCAUGCCCUCUCCCAUCUCGGUCGCCUCUUGAAGAGAGGACCUUCGAAACCGGUCCUGUUUUCAGGUGUCACUGCCCUGUCUCUGACCGCGCCUUGUGUCGAAUCCUCUGGUGAGACCUCUAGCCUCAUUAGCAUCGCGACGUACCUGCUUCGUCAGCCCCCAGACCGUGUCAACCCCAAGACAAAGUCUGGUCUUUUGCGGAUUCUCGAGCACUUCCUUCCUCUGUACAACCCCGAGGAAGAUACUGAGCUAUCCCAGCAAGUUUUCGAGGCGGUUUCGUCCAUGUUCGACUACUUCAAGGAUGACGCGAACAGAGAGGUGUUGGCGAGAGUUUUCACUGCCCUUGCUUCUCGCGAUCAAAAGCUCGUCGAAGUCGCUGAGCUCUGCGCUGAUCUGAACUCUCGUUCAGUGAAGAAACUUGGACCUGACUACGAGCGGCGCCUUGGGGCCUUCAGAAAGAUCAACGAGGAGAUGUCUCAAAAUCUUAAUGCCAAGCAGUGGCGACCUCUCCUGUUCAACAUGCUCUUCCACGUCAAGGAUGAAGAGGAGCUCGCCAUCCGAUCUAGCGCCACUUUCGGCUUGAAGCGUUUCAUCGAGAGAGCAGCGACCGAGACAGGUGAUGAAGGCUUCGAGGCACUUAUCAAUGAUGUUCUACUCUCAUCGUUGAAGUACGGAAUUCGCCAGAAGUCCGAAUUGAUCCGUUCUGAGAUUGUCGCCGUACUCGGAUACUUCAUCAAGCUCAACCCUACCAGGCCAUCUGUUCAAGAUAUGCAUGUUCUCCUUGUUGGUGAUGAUGACGAGGCAUCUUUCUUCAACAAUAUCCUCCACAUCCAGCAGCACCGUCGGAUGCGCGCUUUGCGUCGACUUGCUGCGGAGGCUGCUAAAGGCAACAUUGAGUCCUCAAAUCUGGGCACCAUUUUCCUACCUCUCAUUGAGCAUUUUUCUUUUGAUGAAGCUGAGGAUGAGAGUGGUCACAAUCUGAUCGCUGAGGCUGUAGCAACCAUUGGGUCCCUGGCAGAAUGGCUAGAUUGGAGUCAGUUCCGUGCCAAUUUCCGAAGAUACCGCAGCUACAUGCAGAGCAAACCCGAGAUGGAGAAGAACAUUCUCAGACUCCUGGGUCGGAUGUCUGAUGCUCUGUCAAGCGCGAUGGACCAGAAGAAGACGGUCAGCGAAAAGGCCAAUGGCCAUGCUACGGAUGAUUCCGACAAGAUGGACUUGUCUGAUUCGAUCCAUUGCAGACUCGCCAAAACACUGCCCACUCUGGAAAAAGUCUCGUUGGAGUUGACAACCAACUUCAUUCCCUUCUUGACCAAUUUCAUCCAUCACAAGCAGCAGACUGAGAUGAGUCUACGUCUGCCCGCCUCUGUCACGACAAUCAAGUUGCUCAAGAUUCUUCCUGAGCAGGAGAUGGCCAUCCGUCUUCCUGCCGUUCUUCUCGACGUUUGCAGCACCCUGAAGAGUAAAGCUCAAGAUUCUCGAGAUACUGCAAGAAAGACUUUGAAUGACAUUGCCCUCUUGCUCGGCCCGGUCUACUUUGGCUAUAUCCUGAAGGAGCUGCGCAACACACUUCUUCGUGGUUACCAGCUUCACGUUCUAUCCUUCACCGUCCACUCCAUGCUCGUCGCGACUACGGACCAUUUCAGUCAAGGCGACCUGGACUAUUGCUUGGGGGAUUUGGUUGCCGUGGUCAUGGAUGACACUUUCGGCACCGUUGGUCAGGAGAAGGAUGCUGAAGACUAUGUUAGCAAGAUGAAGGAGGUCAAGAGUAACAAGAGCUACGAUUCCAUGGAGCUUCUUGCCAAGAAUACCACAAUCCGCCACUUGGCGAGCCUCGUUCGUCCGCUCCAAUCACUGCUGCGAGAGAAGCUUAACUCCAACAUUGUCAAAAAGCUUGAUGAGCUCAUGCGACGAAUUGGCAUUGGUCUCCUGAGAAAUCCCCAUGCUGAAAACCGAGAGAUUUUGGUAUUCUGCUACGAAAUCAUCAAGGAAUCCUACCAGGACAAGGCCCCAACUACUGCUCAGGCUACUGCCAAGUGGGAGAGGGAGGAACGUUUCCUGGUCAAGUUGCAAGGAGGCAAGCGAGGCGAGAAGCGUGGCACGACAUCAUCCCACGUUUACAAGCUGACCCGUUUUGCACUUGACAUUCUUCGCGCCAUUUUGAACAAGUUUAGCUCGCUCAUGACAGCAUCCAACCUCUCUGGAUUCCUGCCUAUCAUUGGUGACGCACUUGUUCAGGCUCAAGAAGAGGUCAAGGUCUCUGCUCUGCGGUUGCUCUCCACGAUUAUCAAGCUCCCCUUACCCGAGAUUGAUAACAACUCUCAUGUGUACCUCACAGAGGCUGUUAAGAUGAUCAAGGAGUCACCAAGCACCAACUCCGAGGCUUCACAAGCUUCGCUGAAGCUGAUUUCUUCCAUGAUCCGCGAGCGAAAGACCACCAAACUGCGCGAUGGACACCUUGCAUAUCUCCUCCAGCGCCUGACAGCCGAUAUCGAGGAACCUGACCGGCAAGGUGUGACGUUCAACUUCAUCCGAGCAGUCAUGUCGCGCAAGUUCGUCGUUCCGGAAAUGUACGAGCUUGUGGAUAACAUUGCAACCAUGAUGGUCACCAAUCAGACUCGCUCUGCGCGCGAUCUGGCACGGGGUACCUACAUCCACUUCCUCAUCGAGUAUCCACAAGCCAAGAGCCGAUGGUCGAAACAGCUUGCAUUCCUCGCCAAGAAUUUGGAGUACAAGCACCAAGAAGGACGGCAGUCGGUCUUGGAGGCAAUUCAUUUGCUCUUGUCGAAGACAGGAGACGAGAUGGCUCAGGAUAUGAUCAGCACAUUCUUCUUGCCUGUUGUUCUUGCCAUGGCAAAUGACGACUCAUCAGAGUGCCGUGAAAUGGCCGGUGCAUUACUUGGGCAAUUCUACAACCGAGCAGACAAGGAACAGAUGAAGACUAUCCUCACUCCCCUUCACUCCUGGCUGGAGCAGACCGACAACAUGGCCUUGGGUAGUAUUGGCUUGCAGGCUAUGCGGAUCUACUUCGAGGCUGAGGAGACCGAAAAAGAGAAGGAAGGACGGUUCGUCACAAGUAUUCUCCCUGACUUGAUGCAGUCCGUCCUUGAAGACCAGGAUGAUGGAAACUGGGAGACACUUUACUUCGCAUUGCAGCUUUUCACCAAGCUCUGCAAAACGAACCCUACUCUCGGACUGAGCGCUAGCUGCGCCUCUGUUUGGGCCGCCAUUCAAGAGUCACUUUUCUUCACUCACGCAUGGGUCAAGACUUGCGCUGCGAACCUCGUCGGUAUGUGGUUGGCGGAUGUGGCGAAAACACAUGCCGCUACUGGUUACAGCGAGAUUCCCCUGGCCUGCAGCUCUGGCCUUGUCUUGGACAAGGACUCCAUGCUCAAGCUGCUCCGGGCUAGUCUGCGGUCCCUUCGCACCCCGGGUAUCUCCGAGGAACUGGCAAUGCAGAGUGUCCGUAACCUGGUCUUCCUUGGUCGAUGCUGUGCGCAAAACGGUCUUGAAUUCCAGAAGACCGAAGCCGAGGCAGCCGAGGAGGCCGAGUCGGAAGGUGAAGAUGAGGAUGAGGACGUGGAUGCUGGAAGCCAAGUCGAUGGCGAAGACAACAAGGCAACCGGUACGCAGUCGAAGCAAUCUGCUAUCCGCUAUAUCUUCUCGCAGAUCUCAUCGCUUUUGCGCCGGGAGGUCAUUUCAACGAGACCCAAUGUUCUUAUCCCGAAGACUGCCUCCAUCGCUCUCCUGGCUGCCCUCAUCCGCCAUCUGGAAGCCGAGCAGAUUCUCCCAUCUCUGCCCGUCAUUCUUCUUCCGCUGCAGCACUUGACCGACCCAUCUAUUCCCCCUCCCCGCUCUUCUGAUGAGAGCUUCCAGAAUACCUGCAAAGCUCUCGUCUCGAACUGCCACGAAGUCUUGGACUCGCUGCAGAAGAAGUUUGGAACCACCGAAUACAUCGCCGAGAUGACCAAGGUUCAGGACCAGAUCAAGGAACGUCGGGAAGGACGUCGUGCCAAACGCCGGAUUGAAGCCGUUGCCGAUCCUGAGCGGUUCGAGCGUGAUAAGAGGAGGAAGAACGAGCGGAAGAGGGUCAAGCGACAUGAGAAGGGCUUGGAGCACCGUGGCAAGAGACGGGGUUGGUAA